CAAUGUGGAUGUGUGAAUGCGGAGAAUUCAGUUUUAGUACAAAUUCGGCGCAGGAACGAGCAACGCGCCCUCUUGCCGACCACAAAGUGCCACAGCCACGCGAUGUUCCCACCCGGCCAGAAUCUGAAUCAGAGUCCGCUUCCGAUUUCGCUUUCAGUUCCGGCAGAACAUCCGCAUUCGCAUCCGCAGCCGCAUCCGCAGGACCUGGGAGACGGCCUCGACCUGGAUGGGGACCUCGGGGACGGGGGACGGCAGGUCCUCUUCGAGGGCUACUCGGACGAGCUGCUGACCAUCGCCUGGGUGGCCUGCAUCGUGUUCAUCAUCGUGGGCGUUCCCGGCAACCUGCUGACCAUCGUGGCUUUGUCCCGGGGCCGCCAGACCCGCAACUCGACGGCCAUCUUCAUCAUCAAUCUCUCCUGCUCCGACCUGCUCUUCGGCUGCUUCAACCUCCCGCUGGCCGCCUCCACCUUCAUGGAGCGGGCCUGGACGCACAGCGAUCUGCUCUGCAGGCUCUUCCCGAUGCUGCGCUAUGGUCUGCUGGCGGUCUCGCUGCUCUCCGUGUCGCUGAUCACCAUCAACCGGUACAUCAUCAUCGCCCAUCCCAGGCAGUAUCCAAGGAUCUACCAGCGAAGGUACUUGGCUCUGAUGGUGGCCGGCACCUGGGUGACCACCUUCUCCAUCAUGAUCCCCACCUGGCGGGGCGUGUGGGGCAUCUUUGGCCUGGACGCGAGCAUCGGGUCGUGCUCCAUCCUGCACGACCAGUACGGCAGGUCGCCCAAGGAGUUCCUCUUCAUCGCCGCCUUCAUGCUGCCCUGCAUCUGCAUUGUGAUCUGCUACGCGCGGAUCUUCCUGCUGGUGCGGAAGGCGGCCAUGCGGGCGGGAGCUGGAAAGAGCAAUGUGAGCGACGUGACCGUGACGCCCAGUUCCACCAACCAGCAGCAGACCAUGGCCAUGGCCAUGCAGAGGAGGCCGGAGAAGGUGAGCUCCUCGAGCGGAGAGGCCCAGGAGGCGACUCUAGGAGGAGCCAGGCCCUUUGUGGUGGAGGAGCAGCUGGCGUACAUCGAUGACAAUGCCUCGGCCGACAGCCUGCCCAUCUCGUACAGCAUCCGGCGGAGGGAUGAGGAGCAGCAGCAGCCCCCGGUGGAUGCGAAUGUGGUGCUCAAGGAGCAGACCAGCCUGGGACGCAGUCAGACGCAGCUGGAGCUGGGCAAGAUGGGCGGGAAGAACCACCCCAUCACCACCUCGCUGCGCACCUCCUUCACGCGGUUCAGUCCGCGGAAGUCGCACUACGCCUCCAUGGGCAACACCUCGAACGCCUCCUCAAUUUAUCCGGGCCGGAUGAGCGCCAAGGACCGCCGGCUGCUCAAGAUGAUACUGGUGAUCUUCGUGUGGUUCGUCAUCUGCUACCUGCCCAUCACGGUGGCCAAGAUCUGGAAGAGCGCCACCGAGGUGCACUGGUUCAACAUCGCCGGCUACCUGCUCAUCUACCUGACCACCUGCAUCAAUCCGCUGAUCUACGUCCUGAUGAGCUCCGAAUACCGCCGGGCCUACUGGAACCUGCUGCGCUGCCACGGAUCCUACGAGUCCCCGAAGCAGCGCAACCAGGCGCAUGCCAAGCGGAAGCACAUGGAGUCCAAUCGCCAGGUGAAGACGUGACUUGAAUCUAACGCUAGCACCUUCUUCGUCCUCCGUCCCAGCAGGAUUUGAUAUACCACUCUGUGUCUCUAUGAUGAGAGAGUAAGAAACUCCACUUCACAAUACGAUCCCCUGAUCCUUGUGCCUCCAAACACGAUUUCUAGUCGUCUA